CGUUUCUUCACCUCUGCUCUUUGCCCCCCCCUCCCCUUCCCAACACACACACACACUUCUCUCCACCAUGACCAAGGCUGUCGCUGUCCUCAACGGUCUCAACGGCCUCAAGCUCGUUGCCACCUUCUCCCAGCAGUCCCCUGACUCGCCCACCGUCAUCGAUAUCGAGGGCUCUGGCAUCAAGCCCGGCCUUCAUGGCUUCCACGUUCACGAGUUCGGUGACACCACCAACGGCUGUGUCUCUGCUGGCCCCCACUUCAACCCCCACGGCCACACCCACGGUGCCCCGUCCGCCGCCAUCCGCCACGUCGGUGACCUCGGCAACCUGUCCGUCGACGAGACCGGCUCCGUCAAGGUCACCAUCACCGACCACCUUGUUUCCCUCUCCGGCGUCAACAACGUCGUCGGCCGCGCCCUGGUUCUCCACGCCGACGUGGACGAUCUUGGCCUCGGUGGCCAUGAGCUGUCGGCCACCACCGGCAACGCCGGCGACCGCAUCGCCUGCGGUGUCAUCGGCAUCACCAAGUAAGGGUUUUCACUCGGAGAAGCAGACCAUUCCGCGCCCGCCGCAGAUGACUAUCUCCCUUCCUGGCCCUGCUGCAGGAGGACCCCCCCCCCCCUCCAAUUGACGCGUGCUUCCCAAGCAUGCGCCACGCUCACACUCCCAUGGCCACAAUUCCUCUGCCAUCGGUUUUGAUGCUUUUUUUGUGGAAUAUACUGCAGAAUGCUCCCC